CCGAAACCGAUUGCCUGGUGGGGGGCUCUCCGUUUCACUGCGAUCUCACCCCCCCGCCUCCAAUGAGUUAAGCAAGCGACUCGAGUCACACUUUCCGCUGCAAGCGCGUUGGCGGACAUCGCUGCAAUCGACCAGGAUUUCCUUUGUUUCGCCGAUGCGUACGUCAGGCAGGUGUUCUCCAGCGCUCCGGAUGCCAAGGUGAUCUUGGGCCAGGAGUUGAGCACGCUGACUUUCCCGCUCAUCCUGCAGAAAUUUGUCGCCGCGUUCCAGGACAUGGCGCCACAGGCCAUGUCGUUCAUUCAGGCGAUGGCCUGCAGUACAGAGCUAAUCGCCAAGGACCACGCAAUGACGGCAUAUACGACAUUUGUCAGGGGUGAGUUAUCGAAGAGCAAGCAUGGCUUGAACGACGGUGCCUUCGACGCUGUGAACAGCGCAGCGAAGGAAACGGUGAAGGCCGAUUUCGAUCAGAUGCUCAUCUUUGGAGGUGACGUCGUGAGACGGGACAUUUGGAAGAGCAUUGAGGAUAGCUUGGAAGAUUUGCAAACGACCCUCCGCGCUGAGAAUGAACGAUUACUCGGACAGGGGCUUGUCGCUUUUGCAGGUGUUGCGUUGCUCGGCGUAUGUUUCUUUAUGGUCGACCGUGCUAGCGACAUUGUUUGCGAUUGGUGGCUGCAGACGUGCGUCGAUCUAAGCAAGCUGAUGUGCCUAGGCUACUGCAGCAUUCUUGUCUACAUUGUCCUGCAGGUGUACCGCCUGGGCAGCGACAGCGGGAAGCUUUCAGUAGCUAGCGCAAUCGCGGAGAUGUGCAAGGAAAUGGUUAGAUUGCUUAUUGUGUACGGAGAUGCAGCGAAGUGUUUCAAGCUUACAGAUGUGCCAGCCCUUGCAAGAAUUGCCCUCGCCUCCUUGGGGGCACGGCCAUGCCAAGAGAAGAAGUCCAAUUGAACUCCUGUCGAGCAUUUGCAUCGUGCCUUCGAUGAUGGUGGCACCGUUCGUCAGACAAGGGGUCGUGAUGAGCGAAAGAAGGUGGGCCAUUCUGAAAAGGGAAUCAUCUUGAACCUUGCGCACCCCGAUUUGGGACAUGUUAUCUGUUGGCGACGUUUCACAU